AUGUUGUCCAAGAACAGAAUCCUUCAGCAUUUCAAUCGCCAUCUGGCAAUUGCCUUCGCAGUCAUCGCUGUGUCAACGUUUAACUAUGGCUUCGACAAUGCAGCUUACAACAACACUCAAGCUAUGGAGGCUUUCCAGGCGCAAUUUGGAGAAUGGGACGCCGAGAAGGGCAAAUAUGCUAUCCCACCCUCAUGGCUCUCUCUCUUCAACAGCUUGAACUAUAUCGGCUUCGGAGCUGGUGUCAUCAUUGGCAGUCUUGUCAGUGAGCGAUGGGGACGACGGUGGUGUAUGUUCGUCAUGAGUGCUUGGGCGCUAGUUCCAGCUAUCAUGGCUGUUACAUCGACCAGCAAGCAUCAGAUCAUGGCCACGAGAAUCCUCAACUACAUCUACAUCGGCAUGGAGCUUGCUGUCGUCCCCGUUUACCAAUCCGAGAUCAUGCCCCGAGAGAUUCGUGGUUUUGCAGUUGGCUCUUACCAGUUCAGCUUAAUGUCCGGAACCCUCAUUGUGGCAUGCGUCUGUCGAGGGACGAGCACGCUCUCCGGUAAUCUCUCAUUUCGAAUCCCCUUUGGCCUCUUCUUCAUCAUCCCCGUCGUCGUCAUGUGCGCCAUCUUCUUCAUCCCCGAGUCUCCCAGAUGGCUACUCACGAAAGAUCGAACCGAAGAAGCACGCGCCGCUCUUGGAAAACUACGCGAGGGCAAAGACACCGAAGCCGAGAUCGACGAGAGCUUUGCUGCUCUUCAAUACGCGUUGGAGCACGAGCCUGAGCAAGGAAAUUACAUCGAGCUUUUCCAGGGCAAGAAUCUCAAACGUACAGCUAUUGUUGUGGCUAUGAACUUCUUUCAACAAGCUACUGGUCAAGCCUUUGCAUCGACUUACGGAGCUAUCUUCAUUCGAGACAUCGGAACCGUCAACCCUUUCACCAUGACCAUCGUCAACGCCAUUGUGAAUCUCUGCUCCGCUUUUGCUGGUCUAUAUCUUGUUGACCGGGCUGGUCGCCGACCUCUCCUGUUGACCAGCGCUGGCUGGAUGUUCUGCGCAAUCAUCACCAUGGGCGCUCUCGGCACAGUUCCCAACCCAUCCUUCGGUAUCAAAUCAGGCAUCGUAGCAAUGUUGACCCUCUUCGGAUCCGGUUUCACCUUCGCUUUCGCCCCUCUAAACUACGUCAUCACCACCGAAAUUCCCGCCUUGCGUCUUCGCGACGCAUCACAGCGAACAGCCUCCAUCGUCAACGUCGUGGCCAACUUCCUCGUCAGCUUCAGCAUUCCUUACAUGCUAUAUCCACAAUACGCCGGUCUUGGUUCAAAGGUUGGAUUUGUUUUCGCUGGUAUUCUGGCAUUGGCUAUUGUCUUUGUUGUCUUUUGUGUUCCUGAGUGCAAGGGCAAGUCUUUGGAGCAGAUUGAUCGCAUGUUCAACGAGGGUAUUUCUCUUCGUAAGUUUGGAAACUACAAGCCUGAAGAUUUGACUGGAGAUGUUGAGGAGAUGGGAGGCAAGGAGAAGGGAAAUGCUUCGAUUGUUGUGAACCAUCGCGAACAGUCAUGA